AUGAGCAAACAGGCCGCUGCCCAGUUCAAAAAAUAUACCGUUCAACCCACUGGGAUAUGGGCAAAGAUCAACAAUCUCCUCGCUGUCGACCCUAAACGCUCUACCGGUGUUCCGCUAAAUCCUCAAUUCCGCAAUCCUCCUCCGGGCGCCAACGAUCCUACCGCAUAUGAUGACCCGGUCACACUACCUGCCGGAGAUAUCGCAGAGAAUCCAUACUGGAAGCGUGAUGUGCGCAGGAGAUAUCAGGUCCCGAGUGUUGUGUCACAAGGCGACGUUGUAGGCCUUUUGACUGUUGGUAGUAAGGAGAGCCCGAACGAACAGGUACUGCAGAUUGGCGACGCCGGGGCGAAACAAUUGGUAGCAAUCAAAGAAGAGGGAGAAAAGGGACUCUCAGCAUUUCUUGCGAAGGAGAAAGGUGUUGGAAAGCUAGUGCUAGGAGAAGACGGACUGCCGCCCCGACCAGCGAACCUCGGGCCUCAAGGGAAGAAGAAUUAUGAGAUGCUGGAAGAUCAAACGUACGGCAAUGAUAAUCAGUAA